UUUCAAAUUUAUUUUCCGCUUUUAUGUAAAUAUCGUCCUGACGCUUAUUAACAACUUUAUUUUUGUAUAUAUACAAUUUAGCAUGAAAUCUAGCCGUUCUCGUGCGAAUAAUACAUUGCUUUUCAUCGAAUUAUAUUCCUCUACCAACAAUUUGUGUGACCGAUAGAACGAUAUCUCUAAAAUAUGUUCGUUUGAUCUUUAAUUAAAGAUUAAACCAUUAAACGCUUAUUCAUUUUCAGGAGUUUCACUACAAAAAAUAACUAACGCAAAAAGUCAAAAAUAAUUUUAAAUUUCUCCAGGUUUUUAUAGUAUUGUCCAAAGCUUAUAAAAUCCUGAUGAAAACGUCCUUUUUAACAUGUGUAUGUGAUUUCAAUAACAUCCUGCAGCUCAUGGCUUAACAUUUUUUAGCAUAUCCUCAAACUUUUGCAGUCUUUUCUUUAUUAUUUCCUAAAAAUCCACAAAACCACAAAUUGUUUCAUUAACCCUAACAUUAUGUGCAAAUACUUUUUCCACUCUAACAGUCAGUUCAAAUUUCACAUUAUAUAUUCCAACACAAAUUUUUCGACUUUGGAACAUAAAAUUUAGGUAUUUCAUAUGACAUGAAGAGGUUUGCUUUUGGAUCCAAGUGACCCAUAGAACGAUAUUCUUCAAAAUUUGUGUGUUUUAUCUUUAAUUGAAGAUAAAACCAUUAAAUGAACGCUUAUUCAUUUUCGGGAGUUGGACUAUAGAAAAUAAUCAACACAAAAAGUCAAUAAUUUUAAAUUUCAAGUUUUUACUUUCUUUUUGAUGCUCAUAAGUAUUUUCUUUCAAUAAACUCCAGGUUUUUAUAACGAUAACGUUGGCCAAAGCUUAUAAAAUUCCCAUGAAAAUGUUCUUCUCAAUACGUAUAUGUGAUUUCAAUAACAGCCUGCAGCCAAUGGUUCAACAUUUUUUAGCAUAUCCUCAAACUUCUGCAGUCUUCUCUUUAUUAUUUCCUGAAAAUCGUCAAAACCUUGAUUCUAAUAUCCAAAAGUUUCAUAAAAUUCUUUAACAAUAUAAAUUUUCACUCAAACAAUCAGUUAAUAUUUCACGUUAUGUUUUGCAGUACAAAUUUCUGAUCUUACAGGUCAUGAUCCUCGUAUAUGGUGUUCAGCAUUUGCUCUGCUACCCCAUAAGCACUGAUAACAUGGAUAUUGUAUAUCCAUUUUGUGGUCCCAUGAAAAAUACCAUCAUUUCAAAAUCUUCAGUCAGCUGUUGUAAUUUACAGAUUCAAACACUGUCAUAGUUUUCUUUGAGUUAUACUGAAUAUGAGAUAUACUUACAUCGUUUAGAAGCUUUAUGUUUUCAGAAGAAUUGGUUUUAAAUUACGAUAUUCAUUCAUUCGCAUCUGAAUGUUUUUUAUUUUCAAUUAUUUCACCUCUAGAGACUAUGUAAAAAUAUUUUUGGAAAUGUUAUUUACUUCAUUAACUCUCAUGACAAUAUCAAUCUAAAAGUUUGUCCGUGGAAGCAAAUAUUUUGAAUCUGUUGAGUCAGAACCAGAAACUAUUGAUUGAGAUAGUACUACGUCAGCAAAACAUUGCCAAGUGAAACUAGUGCUUAGUAAAGUGAGAAAGUUUUUAUAGUUCAAAAUAGAUUUACGAAUAUAUCGGCUUUCAAUUUAGUUGUUUUUUUAUAUUUUUUUAUUAUGAUAAAAAAGAAACUGAUUAAUUAGAAAAUUCUAAUCAACAUGGAAUGUGCUGAAGAAGAUUUAUUGAAAUUAUUGGAUAAUCAAAAUGAAAUAUCACCAACAUCAAAGAAAACUUCAGUGGAUGAUUCUUUGACUCCAGAUUUAGAAGUAAUUCAGUUUGACUUGUAUCCUGUCGAGAAAUACCAUAGGGAAAACUCUAUGGGUCUAACUGUGACUUCUGGCAGUGUGACAAUAAGAAAAGAUGAUAAUAAUUUGAUUGGAAUUAGUAUCGGAGGUGGAUCGCCGUUGUGUCCUUGUUUGUAUAUAGUUCAAAUAUUCGACAAUACAGCAGCUGCUAGAGAUGGAACAUUACAAUCAGGAGAUGAGCUCGUCUCAGUUAAUGGUCAAUCAGUUAAGGGAAAAACGAAAGUGGAAGUCGCCAAAAUGAUUCAGUCCGCAAAGGAUGAAGUUAUCAUUAACUACAAUAAAUUGCACGCUGAUCCUGGACAAGGCAAAAGUUUGGAUAUCGUUCUAAAGAAAAUGAAGCACCGAUUAGUAGAAAAUAUGAGUUCUUCUACUGCUGACGCUCUGGGACUUUCGAGAGCAAUUUUAUGCAAUGAUACUUUGGUAAAGAAAAUGCAGGAAUUACAGGACACCGAAGUUAUGUAUAGAGGGCUGGUGGAACACUGCAAAAGGAUGUUACAAGCUCAAAUGGAUUUACAGCAGGCCAUUAAAGCUAUGGGUGAUGUAUUUUCGGGUAUAGCCGUAAGGGAGCCUCAAGCUCGUGCUAGUGAAGCAUUCAGAUUAUUUGGAGAACAGCAUAGAAACAUCGAAAAAGUUGGUUUAGAGAUGGUUAAGAAAGUGAAACCGGUACUAUCAGAUGUCGGAACAUAUUUGUACAAAGCCAUUCCAGAUACAAGACUCACAGUUAAAAAAUACGCAGAUGCCAAAUUUGAAUAUUUGGCGUAUUGCUUGAAAGUAAAAGAAAUGGACGACGAAGAAUGUAGUUAUGCAGCUUUACAAGAACCGUUAUAUAGAGUGGAAACUGGAAAUUACGAAUAUAGAUUGAUUCUUCGAUGUCGUCAAUUAGCACGAAGUAGGUUUGCGAAAUUGAGAGCAGAUGUAUUGGUAAAAAUGGAAUUGCUAGACAACAAACAUAUACAAUCUCUAGGCGGUCAUUUGGUUAAAAUAAUUAACGGCCUAGCAGAACUACAUACUAAAACAUUGCAACUUUUCGAAGGACCAGCUUUGUUUCCCGUAGAAGUGGAUUUAACUAAUACUGCCUUCCAAUAUAAAUCGACAACUCCAUUACCACAGGAGAAUGAAGAAGAUUAUAGAGAAGUAGAAGAAGCUGAAGAAAUAUUGAACAUGAACAAUGAUCAAUUGAUAUCGGAUCUUUCAAAACCUAUCGAGAAAAAUGAUCACAACAAUCAUUCCGAUCUUCUUUUGCCCGAUCUUCCCAAUGAUAUUCAAAAUGAACCGAACUAUGACGAUAUGGACAAUUGGGCAUUGUUAUCUUCUUUAUGCUUAGACAGUCCCCAACAUAAACCACUACUAUCAGGAUUAGAUUAAUUUUAUUGAAAUCUAGAAAAAUUAUAAUUAUAUAUUAAUAAUAGUUUUUUAUAUUAUUUUGAUUGCAAAAAAUUCAAAUUAAUAAAUAUAUUUAACU